UCGUGUACGUCACGUCGCAUUCGAAGUACGAAAACUUUUGUCAAGGAGAACGACGAUGCCACCGAAAGCUAGCGGUAAAGCGGUGAAGAAGGCCGGCAAGGCUCAAAAGAACAUCAGUAAAACUGACAAGAAGAAAAAGAGGAAAAGGAAGGAGAGUUAUGCGAUCUACAUCUACAAGGUGUUGAAACAAGUCCACCCCGACACCGGAAUCUCCAGCAAGGCUAUGAGCAUCAUGAAUAGCUUUGUCAACGAUGUUUUCGAACGCAUCGCAGCUGAGGCGUCUCGUCUGGCACAUUACAACAAACGCUCGACGAUCACAUCUCGGGAGAUUCAAACUGCUGUGAGGCUUCUUCUUCCCGGAGAGUUGGCGAAGCACGCCGUUAGCGAAGGCACAAAGGCCGUUACCAAAUAUACGAGCUCAAAGUGAACUGCUUUUACAAGAACGGCCCUUUUCAGGGCCACCAAUUAUCUCGUGACAUUGGAUGUUCUCUUA